UGUUUGUUUAUAAAAUGUUAUUCAAAAUAAAUUAUCCAUAUCUAAUUGUUCUAAGCUUAUUGAUCGAAUUUAUUUUCAUUAAUUUAAGAAUAACUUAAUUAUUAUUAUUAUUGGGUGUGAAAUGACUAGCGAUUCAUACCCUCAUUUUUAAUUUGUAUGUUGGUAAACAGUACCUACACAUCUAGUAGGGCUGUAGUAUAGGUAUGUCUACAAUGAAUAACACAUGACUGUAAAAAUUUUAUCUAUUAAGUAUACUCGCAUAAGUGCCACGUGAAUUAUCAACGGAAGCUAUUCAAAAAGUUCCCGUAACUCAUACAUAACCAUUUGCAUGAAAUACAUAACCUAAUGCUAAGUAUUAGUGUAUUUCCAACUCUUGCAAACUGUUCUAUUAACAAAGAUGGUCUUUUACUGUGACGUGUCGCUUGUGACUAUUUUGGGAUUUUUAGCCUUUCCCAUUAUAAGUCUAAGUCAUAAUACACCAGAGGAAUCCGCGGCAAACUACGGGGGAGACUGGACAUAUUUCGUAGAUGACUACGGAGAUAGUCUAGUGCUGAAUUUCUCCAAAAUACUAGACGACACAGAAGAUUUCAUCGUGGGUGAUGCAUAUUUUUAUUUAUAUACAAGAAACAAUAAUAAUAAUCCAGAGAACCUCACAAUACCUGAAAUAGAUGAGCCCAUUCAAAGUGUGUACUUCAAUAAAUCGAACGACAUCAGAAUACUGACCCACGGAUGGAGAACUAGUGCAUCCGUGGAAUGGUUGCAGAAAAUAAAGGAUGCGUUUUUACGAGAGUACGAUAUUAAUGUGAUAAUCGUAGAUUGGUAUGAGUUAUCAAAAAACGAGAUUUAUCCACUCGCAGCUAUCAGCACUAGAUAUGUAGGAAGCAGAGUCGCUAGACUAAUUAACACAUUAGCGCAAACUUAUGGUUUAUCUGGUCAAAACAUCCAUUUAAUUGGACACAGUCUAGGAGCACACGUCAUGGGCUAUGCUGGAAUGUUUUCAAAACAAAAAAUAUUUCGUAUAACAGGACUGGACCCGGCGCGGCCUCUUUUUGAAAUUCCAGCAAUGCCAGCAGACUUUUGCCUAGACAAGAACGACGCUGAGUUUGUGGACAUCAUACACACCUCUGGGGGGGUGUACGGAUACAGAAGAAGUUAUGGACACGCUGACUUCUAUCCUAACAAUGGACUACCGAUGCAACCUGGAUGUAACGGAAUCAAACAAGCUAUUGAUGCUUGCAGCCACAGCAGAUCGCACGAAUAUUUCGAAGAAUCUAUAGAGUAUAAACCUGAAGAGGGAUUUGUAGCUUACGUUUGUGAUAGUUGGGAAGAUUUCGAAAAUGAUAAGUGUAAGGAGAAUCCCACUAGUAGCAUGGGUUACCCUGCGAGCCCCAAAAGUAAUGGAAACUAUUAUCUUCGUACUCGAAAUGAAUCCAAAUACGCAGAUGUAUUGUAAUUUAUUUAAAUUAUCUACAUACCUAGAGGUUACCUACUAAAUAAGUAAUUUAUUUUAAUUUACUUUGAAAUAAUAUAUAUCAAUUAAUUUAUUAAUAAAUUACGUUUUAACUUAACUACCCUACAAUUUGUUUUAUUUUUC